AUGUCUACCACCACCAUCAUCCACCACUACCCACCUACCACCACCAACGCCACCACCACCACCACCACCACCACCUACCUACCGCCACUAUUACCACCAUCAUUUCCUAGCGCUACUACUACUUCUUAUUGUUACUACCACCUGCCACCAUCAUCACCAUCUACCACCACCACCAAUCCCUACCAUAGCCACCACCCACCUACCACCACCGCUACUACCUACCACCACCUGUCACCGCCACAACCACCACCUACCCUCACUACCAUUACUGCCACCACCACCUACCUACCGCCACUGUCACCACUAUCAAUCACCACCACCCCUACUAUCACCGCUACUACCACCACCACCACCACCACCCAUAUCUCGCCACUACCACCUACCAAAACUACCACCACCACCAUCACCAUCACCACCACUACCUACCACUACCCUACACCACCACCAUCACCGUCCACUAUCACCGUCACUAUCAACCAACACCACCACCAACUAUCAUCGCCACCGCCACCAUCUCCUACUACCACCACCAGAAUGAAUGUUCAAUUAAUAAAAUGA